AUGGGUCUGUGUUUUGGCAAGGAAAUGCCUGCAGAGUCAAAGGCCAAUGGGUAUCAUGGUGGAAUGGUGAAUCAGAAUCAAAUUCAGUACACAAAGUCUCCUGGCCCAGAAGCUCAAUUGCCUGUGGUGAGGCCUAAACCAAGCCCAAAGCCAGCUUUCAGGUCAGAUACAAUUCUUGGAAAGGCAUAUGAAGAUGUUAGGUUACAUUAUAGUCUUGGGAAAGAAUUGGGUAGGGGGCAAUUUGGGGUUACUUAUCUUUGUACUGAGAUCAGUAGUGGUGAACAAUAUGCUUGCAAAUCAAUAUCCAAGAAAAAGCUGGUUACCAAGGCUGAUAAGGAUGACAUGAGAAGAGAGAUUCAGAUUAUGCAGCACUUGAGUGGGCAGCCUAAUAUUGUUGCCUUUAAAGGUGCUUAUGAGGAUAAUGGCUCUGUUUAUCUUGUGAUGGAGCUGUGUGCUGGUGGAGAGCUGUUUGAUAGGAUCAUUGCUAAUGGGCAUUAUAGCGAAAAGGCUGCUGCCUCGCUGUGUCGGUCUAUUGUGAAUGUUGUGAAUGUUUGCCAUUUUAUGGGCGUAAUGCACCGAGAUCUUAAGCCAGAGAAUUUCUUGCUGUCUGAUAAAACUGAAAAUGCUGCCUUGAAGGCCACUGAUUUUGGCCUCUCUGUGUUCAUUGAGCAAGGAAAGGUGUACAAGGAUAUAGUUGGAAGUGCUUACUAUGUUCCUCCUGAAGUGUUGCGACGUAAGUAUGGGAAGGAAGCAGACAUCUGGAGUGCAGGCGUUAUAUUGUACAUAUUGCUCAGCGGUGUCCCUCCCUUCUGGGCUGAAACUGAGCGGGGAAUUUUUGAUGCUGUACUCAAGGGAGAAAUUGACUUCGAAAGUGAACCUUGGCCUUCGAUAUCGAGUAGUGCCAAGGACCUGGUACGAAGGAUGCUAACACAAGAUCCAAAGACACGCAUUACUGCUGCUCAAGUUCUUGAGCAUCCAUGGAUGAGAGGAGGAGAAGCGUCUGAUAAACCAAUAGACAGUGCAGUCCUCUCGAGAAUGAAGCAAUUCAGAGCAAUGAACAAACUCAAAAAGCUUGCCCUUAAGGUAAUUGCAGAAAAUCUCUCCGCAGAAGAAAUCCAGGGGCUGAAAUCGAUGUUCAUGAACAUGGAUACUGAUAAGAGUGGCACAAUUACAUAUGAAGAGCUGAAGACUGGAUUGGCUAAACUCGGGUCCAAGCUCACCGAGGCUGAAGUUAAGCAGUUGAUGGAAGCUGCAGAUGUAGAUGGAGAUGGCUCAAUUGACUAUAUAGAAUUCAUCACUGCUACAAUGCACAAACAUAGGCUAGAAAGAGAAGAGAAUCUAUACAAAGCAUUUCAGUAUUUUGAUAAAGAUAGUAGUGGGUUUAUAACUCGCGAUGAACUGCAAACAGCUCUGAAGGAACAUGGAAUAGCUGAUGCAGAAACUAUAAAAGAGAUUAUAGCUGAAGUGGAUAUAGACAAUGAUGGGACCAUCAACUAUGAAGAGUUCUGCACCAUGAUGAGAACUGGAAGCAAACAGCCAGGCAAACUCUUCUAACAUCAUGUCUAUGCUUGUGAAACUGUAUGCUCUGGGAUGGCCAAGGAAGAAUCACUGUGGUUGGCCAGCAAUUGUAUUGAGAAAUUUCUUUAAGUAGAUAAUUUAUAAAUCAGCUUCUAUCUGAUCUUACCCCAUAUUUAUAAUUGUUCUGUGCUUUUAAUCUAUAAAUGAUUCAUGCUUCCAGCUGGUCU